AUGGUCCUAGUAACUCGUCAAGCCCCAGAUUUUACCGCUUCUGCUGUACUAGGUGACGGUAAAAUUACUGAUAAUUUUCAUUUUAAAUCUUACAUCAAGGACAAAUUUGCUGUUAUUUUCUUUUGGCCUAUGGAUUUUACCUUUGUUUGCCCUUCUGAAUUAAUUGCUUUUGAUAAACGUUAUAUAGAAUUUCAAAAACGUGAGGUAGAGAUUGUUGGUGUAUCAUUUGAUUCUGUAUUUACGCACAAUGCUUGGCGGCAAGUUAGAAUUGAAAAAGGAGGAAUUGGAGCAAUUCAAUACCCUAUGAUUGCAGAUAUAAAACGUGAAAUUAUUAAAGCUUAUGAUAUUGAGCAUCCUGAUUCUGGUGUUGCUUUACGAGGUUCAUUUUUAAUUGAUAAAACCGGUAUUGUGAGACAUCAGGUCGUUAAUGAUUUACCAUUAGGACGGAAUAUAGAUGAAAUGAUACGAAUGAUUGAUGCUUUGCAGUUUUAUGAAAAAUAUGGUGACGUAUGUCCUGCACAAUGGGAAAAAGGCCAAGAAGGAAUGCAUCCUUCUCCUGAAGGAGUUGCUAAAUAUUUAUCAAAAAAUUUGACUAAAUUAUAA